GAGUCAAACACAAAGACGUCUCUUUUAAUAAUUUUACGGCGCUCUCUUUUCUCACCGCCGAUCGCCUCUCUCGUCUCUCUCGACGAGCCUCGAAAAAAAAACCCCCUUGAAUCAAAUCUCUUGAUUCAAUUGCUCCUUCUAGACCCAUAAAAUGAGCGAUCUCACGUCGAUUUGUGGUUGACUGGCCUCGAUCGCCCGUGGUGGAGCGACGAUCGGGAUUAGGGUUAGGGUUAGGGUUAGGGUUUCCAUUUGUGGGAAAGUUGGUUGGUUUUUUGAUGGGAGCUGCUGGUUCCAAGUUGGAGAAGGCCCUAGGGGAUCAGUUUCCUGAAGGGGAGAGGUACUUUGGUCUCGAGAAUUUCGGCAAUACUUGCUACUGUAACAGCGUGCUUCAAGCACUUUAUUUCUGUGUCCCUUUUAGAGAGCAGCUACUGGAGUACUAUGCAAAUAACAAGAAUCAGGGUGAUCCAGAGGAAAACCUCUUGACUUGCUUGGCAGACCUAUUUACUCAGAUCAGCUCGCAGAAAAAAAAGACUGGUGUUAUUGCUCCCAAGCGUUUUGUGCAAAGAGUGAAGAAAGAGAAUGAACUUUUUCGCAGUUACAUGCACCAGGAUGCUCAUGAAUUCUUGAAUUUCUUAUUAAAUGAGCUCGUUGACAUUCUGGAGAAAGAGUCUAAUGCUACAAAGGUCUCCUCUGAAACUUCACCAUCCAAAAAGAUUGCAAAUGGGCCAUGCCAUCCUCAAGCUAAUGGUAUUAGAAAAGAGCCCCUUGUUACGUGGGUCCACAAAAGUUUUCAGGGGAUAUUGACCAAUGAAACAAAGUGCUUGAGAUGUGAAACAGUCACUGCAAGGGAUGAGACAUUUUUUGACUUGAGCCUUGAUAUUGAGCAGAACAGUUCAAUUACAAGCUGUCUCAAAAACUUCAGUUCAACAGAGACUUUGAAUGCAGAGGAUAAGUUCUUCUGCGACAAAUGCUGCAGUUUGCAGGAAGCACAAAAGAGAAUGAAGAUAAAGAAGCCCCCAAGCAUCCUUGUGAUCCACCUCAAGCGCUUCAAAUACAUAGAGCAGCUCGGCCGAUACAAGAAACUCUCAUACCGUGUUGUUUUCCCUCUCGAGCUGAAGCUGAGCAGUACUGUCAACAACUCCGACUUGGAAUACUCUCUCUUUGCUGUUGUUGUUCAUGUUGGCAGCGGGCCGAACCAUGGCCACUAUGUUAGCCUCGUCAAGAGUCAUAACCACUGGCUCUUCUUUGACGAUGAGAGUGUCGAGAUGAUUGAUGAAUCGACAGUUCAAACCUUUUUUGGAUCAGCUCAGGAGUAUUCUAGCAAUACUGAUCAUGGGUAUAUCCUUUUCUAUGAAAGUGUUGGUGGAAAGAGUUGAGAUAGCUCGACUCUUUCUUCAUGAAGAGAAACGAGGGGUUAAGAAUUGAGGUGGAUGGCAUUGUAUAGGUUAAGGAACUGCCUUGCUUCAAGGCUACAAAGUUCUUAUAUGGGCUGCCAAGGUUACAAGAGGGAACAAAAGUAUAUUGCUCGCAUUCUUCUUGUGUUCUAUACUUCUAGAGGGUUCAAUAAUUUUACUGGAAUAUGGAGUUUGUUGUUCACGGGCAGGAAUUUUACUCCAGUGACAUUUUUGUUGGUUACUUUUUCCCCCCCGCAUGUAUCUUUUACUUGUGCUACCUUAUGACAUAUUUGUGUUUAUAUCUAUCUGAAAUUGAGUAGGCGAGGAUUUAUACUA